AUGGCUUUGGCACGACCCACCACAAAGCUCCCUCCUGGCGCUAACAGGAUUCUGUUCGUUAAGAAUCUGAACUACCAGAUUACAGGCGAAGACUUGUAUGAUUUGUUUGGACGCUACGGUGGUAUCCGCCAGAUUCGCAUUGGAAAUGAGCAGAAGACCAGAGGGACUGCAUUUGUGGUGUUCGAUGAUGUGAUGGACGCAAAGAAUGCGCUUGAUCAUCUGAAUGGUUUCCAUCUUCAGGAGCGGUACAUUGUAGUUCUAUACCAUAUGCCGGCCAAGCAAGAUGCGGCGGCGGCGAAGGCUGACCUCGCCCGCCGAGAAGAAGAGUUAGCACAGUUGAAGAAGAAGCACGACAUCAAGGAUGACGAUUGA